ACAGAACAGAACACAGUCGAGGCUUCUUUAUUUGUUAAUUAAAGGGCUGACUGUGCCGUGUCACAUAUUUGCUUUUUAGUUUUAGAGACAGGCGGUCAAACGCAAACACAUCACGGACAACCUCAUUGAAGUUUGCUUUAGUUUAAUCUAUUUGUUUUGUCUUCUCUUUUAUUGCUUUGUUUUAUUCUUUACGGGAAAGGACAUGAGAAAUCCGCCUUCUCGCAGGCUAUUUUAUCAACAACCCAAAAACAUUGUAUGGAGAAUGACUUAGCAUGGAAGAUUUAGUGUACUGCACCCGCACAAAAAUAACUUCCUAUUGAAAGCUUCCAUUUUCUUGAAAACCGACUUUCAGCUAAAAUGAAGUAACGAGAUUCAAACGAUUUGUGUUAUCAGCUGCAACCCAAAUGACUUCACCUGUAUUUGAAAUGGUAAUGUUUAGACGCUAAAAGUUUGAGAUCUCUUUUAUUAUGUAAAUAUCACAACGGGGGCGAGGAACUUUGCUUUUCAGCUUCUAGAGUACUUGAACCCAAGGUGUGAAAAGAAGUGCAGAAUUUUUUGUGGCCACAAACAGGUUUUCCUGUCAGGAAACAUUUGAUCGAACGAAUCAUGGCUGAAUUCGAUGUGUGUGAAGAUUGUGCGCCGGCGAAUUGCACUCAUGGCUUUAGCAACAUGUCUACGGUUUUCUUUAUUUUUCUUUGCUCGAUCUGUGGCUUUUUGGCGACCGGAGGAAAUUUGGCUCUUCUGAUCGCUUUUUCUCACAGUGAAACGAUUCGCAAACGGGUAAAUAUCUAUUUUAUGCUGUCGUUAACAGUCGCCGACAUGGUUAUAGGAUUAACAAUGACUCCAUUGUAUAUCUGUUACGCGACAAUUCAUGACCCAUAUGCAUUAUGGCUCGUCAAGCUGGAAGGUUUUCUUUGGAUCGUUACAGUCACUGCCACCACUCACAGUUUAAGCGCUGUGAGUCUAGACCGACUGAUUUCAGUCUUAUAUCCUUUGCGCUAUCACCAGAUUAUGACCAAGAAGCGGUGCCGUGUUGUUGUUCUACUAAUUUGGUUGGGAUCUGUCAUUUUUGGAUUACCAAGACUGGUUCUUAACGACUUCGUGAAACUAGAAAAACUGUGGAUCGCUUGUUCUGUUGCCACAGUUGGGAUCCCCUUACUUGUCAUGUCUUUAAGCUACGGGAGAAUUUUCGCCAUAGUCAGGAAACAAAGUGGCAAAUGGAAGAACCCCAACGCCUCAAGAGACACCUUGGGGAACAAAAAGGCUGCCGUGACAAUUGGCAUUAUAGUUUGCCUUUUCGUUGUAACAUUUAUUCCAAGUGCGGUGGUAUAUUUCAUGCUUUUAUUUGAGGAUAACCUUUGCAAAGAAUAUCAACUUAAUGAUGUAUGGCUAUGGGCAGCUCUUGUGUCUUUCUGCCAUUCUUCGUUCAAUCCAUGGGUAUACGGGUUCCGCUAUCGGGAAUUAAGAAAAGAUUUUAUGGCCCUUUUUGGAAAAACUGUAAUAUGAUACCCGGACAACAUCAACAAACAGGUUAAACUAAUUCAGGUACUGCCGUGAGUUUUUUACAUUAUCAACAACAAAAUUCCAUAUGUGCUCUCAUUAUGAGAGAUUCCCGAUUAAAAAAAAAGUGGUAAGAUGAUCUAUUUAAAACUUGAGAACUUUGUCGAUCUUAACGCCGUUAAAAAAAAGAGAUGUUUAAGCUGAAACGUAAACUUGUAGCGUAAAAUUGAUUACUUUUAGUGUGAUCUUCCUAGUGAUAGAGCUCUUGAGAAGAUUGCUGUCAUCGAUUAAAAGAUGUCAUGGCCUGAACGGUUAUGUUAUCACCGGCAACUAAAAUGAAGAUGGCAUCAAUGCCAGGCCGACGAAAUCUCAGGCACGUUAAAUAAAUGAGUCUUUCAAAGACUCCUCACAUGAAAAUCCAACUAAACUUAACUAUAAGCUUCAUAUAAAAGAUUAUGGCCCAGUGUCUUUCGGUGAUAUCAAGGUGUAUCUUAGGGGCCCAUCUACACUAGGCGAGUUUUUAUUAUUAUCAUUAUUAUUUUGCAAAAAUAUCUGUCAAUAUAAUUUCACGUUUCAAGAAAGGACGGUAAUUUUCAGUCCUACCAAAUUCGUUUACCCCUCCCAAACUUCAAAAGCUUAAGCGCCGUCGUUCUGCUCCUAAGCAGGCAGUUUUUUAACUAAGUGUGGUAGAUCGAUCAAAAAACUUCAAGUAAAACAUCGAUUAAGGUGCUUCACAGGGAACAGCAGGUUUUUAAUUUCGUAUGUGAUUGACAUUUUGCGGUAAGUAAACAGGUUGUCGAUUUUUACGGUUCGCUUUGACCAAAAUUAAAUUCUUGUGCAAGCAAGAUUUAGCGUAAUUUUUAGUACAGCCUAACACAUUUUGCCAGCUUAAUGUGGAUGGGCCCUUACGUUAAUUGUGUAGCGGACCGAGCUACUGUAUAUAGGUGCAUUAGGCAGAUCGACAUUGUGAAAAACCAUAUGUCCGCUCUAAAAUAAAUAAUAUUGAUUUUGCAGUGAGAAAUCAAAAGAUGUAUUUACACCAUCAUCAUACAGUAUUGUGAAUGAUAUCUUCCCUGUAAUAAAUUUCGUAUCAACUCGAUCGGGCUCCUCGAUGAAAAAUGUGUUUUAAGGUUCAUCAUUUCCUGAAUCUCCUCUACGUAUGAUCCUUGUUCUUGAUUAACAAACAAAAACUGUCAGGAAGAUUUCUCAGCUUUAGUAAAUGGAAUUUUUAUUUUGAUGCGCGCCAAGUUAAAACAAUCAACACUUAGUUUUCGAUUUGGGCAUGAUACGUUUAAAAGCAGUCGGUCCAUAUUAUCAAGGGCCCGUUGUUACAUGUUGCAUUAGUCACAGCCGUUUUUUACCAUUAGCCUAAGAAAUUCGGGAAAUUUCGGUCAGAAUUUAAACCGCAAGAUGGUCAAUUUUUGGUCGAUCGACCGGAGAAUUUCCGAAAUAAACGGAACAUCUUGAAAGGUAGUCCAAAAUUUCCAACCGAAAUAUCCGAAUGGAAAAUGUGUUUACCAUUUGCAAUUCUUGACUAGUUCUAACCUCAGUCUAAGAAUUAUUAUCAGGCUGAAAUUGUACCAGGCUCUCUCUCAUAUUCAUAAUAGUGAAAACCAGAAAUUUAAAGAAAAACCUUAUAUGUCAAAUCGAUUGUUUGUUGCUUUCAUUUGAAAGCACGUUUUACUACUUUUACGGAUAACCAUUCAUCAUCUUCCUCUGGGGGGAACAAAACACAAAUUAGAUUAAAGCCCAGAGGCAAAUCGAUCUUUUUAAUGCAAGCAACCUGGUCGCUGAUUGUUAAUGAGUCUUGCACGCCGGCACUCGUAUUAGGAAUAGAAAAGGACGCAAUAUGACGAGAACAUUUCCUGCCCAAAAAUUGAAUACAAUGACCACAGCCAAUAUUUGAACGCGGACUACUUAACAGAGAGACUGUUCUAACUCAUCGCAUAAGCCAGCUCGUUUCUAAAGAGAAGAGGAAGACACGGCCAAAGUAUAACUUACAUUUUGUGUCUGCCUUGAAUUGCCCCCCUAGGCUAAUUGAUUGCGGUUUAAGUGAUUCUACUAACGGAGGCAGAACAUAUUAAGGGGCCCUAGUCAGCCACACCUUUGUUUUUGUUUACAUGAGAGAGUUUGACUGUUAUAUUUUAUUGGGAACAUGUCGAAACUAAGAACAUCUCAGAUUUUGCCAGAGCCGCUUGCGGCCUGCAGUACAAGAUGGAUCA